AUGAAGGCACUAAUUCUUGUUGGAGGUUUUGGUACCAGACUGAGGCCACUGACAUUAAGUGUGCCAAAGCCACUCGUUGAUUUUGCUAACAAGCCUAUGAUUUUGCAUCAGAUAGAAGCCCUCAAGGCUAUUGGAGUAACCGAAGUCGUCUUGGCAAUUAAUUAUCAGCCAGAGGUAAUGCUGAAUUUUUUGAAAGACUUUGAGGCAAAACUCGAGAUAAAGAUUACAUGUUCACAAGAGACAGAGCCUCUUGGAACCGCUGGCCCACUUGCUUUAGCAAGGGACAAAUUAAUAGAUGAUUCUGGCGAACCAUUUUUCGUUCUUAACAGUGAUGUUAUCAGCGAAUAUCCACUGAAGGAGAUGAUUGAAUUCCACAAAUCUCAUGGAGGCGAAGCUUCUAUCAUGGUGACCAAGGUGGACGAGCCUUCGAAAUACGGGGUCGUUGUCAUGGACGAAUCUACCGGGCAGGUCGAGAGGUUUGUCGAAAAGCCAAAGCUAUUCGUGGGGAACAAAAUCAAUGCUGGCAUUUACCUCCUCAACCCCUCGGUUCUUGACCGAAUCGAGUUACGGCCCACGUCAAUCGAGAAAGAGGUUUUCCCAAAUAUAGCAGCCGAGAAAAAACUGUACGCAAUGGUUCUCCCGGGUUUCUGGAUGGACAUCGGGCAGCCAAGAGACUACAUCACAGGACUCAGGCUUUACUUGAACUCCUUGAGAAAGAAGUCGGCCCAGAAGUUGGCCUCAGGGGCCCACAUAAUCGGAAAUGUUUUGGUGGAUGAGAGUGCAAAAAUCGGGGAUGGUUGCUUGAUUGGGCCUGAUGUUGCGAUCGGGCCGGGUUGUGUGGUGGAGUCGGGCGUGAGGCUGUCCCGUUGCACAGUUAUGCGAGGAGUCCGCAUCAAGAAGCACGCGUGCAUCUCGAGCAGUAUCAUCGGUUGGCACUCGACGGUGGGGCAGUGGGCCCGCGUGGAGAAUAUGACGAUACUUGGAGAGGAUGUUCAUGUUGGGGAUGAAGUUUAUAGUAACGGAGGGGUGGUUUUGCCUCACAAGGAGAUCAAGUCGAGCAUCUUGAAGCCAGAGAUAGUGAUGUGA